AACACCAUGAACGAAUGGAGGCAACCAAUGCAACCGAGUCAUGCUUUAAAUUUCAUUGCGUGCUCGUUUCCCACCUUUCGCACCAUCAAAACUAUGUCGUGGCGCAGCAAUGGCACAAUUUAGGUGAAAAAAAGAAAGCACUUUUGGAGGAGUAUGGAGCAACAAAUGCCAUUCGGGGUAGAUUGACGCAAUUGGCGCACUAUUUCCACCACUGCAAGUUGGUGUGCGUUAGAGAUAAGUGGAAGCCGACAACAUUUGACCUGGUAUUGUGCAGCAAUUUUUUUUAAUUUUUGCUAACCAGAGGUGUGCUUACUUGCACUACUUUUGGCGUACAAGGAUUGUAUGAUCCCGUUAGCUGGCAUAAUAGCAUUAGAAGCUCCUAUAACAUUUGUGUAUAUGUCAACGAUAUCCGCCAACUUCUCCACAGAGAUACUGAUCGACCCACCAGAGACAGCAGCAGCGCUAAAUCUGGGAAAUCUGGCAAAAAAAAAAUACUUCGCUUUAAAAUUUAUUUGUUCCAGGCCUCCUCUCGUCAUCUUCUUGCUUCGUGCUUGUGUAGGCUGUCUUUCUAGUCUCGGGCGAGUUCCGCUAAAAGGAUUUCCUCAAAUAUUUGGAAAGCCCUGCCCCUGCGACAGAAUUUUUCGUAUAUAGGAAGCACGCUGAAGACUUCGUGUAACUUUAGGUAUUAGAAAGCUUCAAAGAGAGAAAGAGAAAGGCAAAGGAAAUCAAGGGAGGUUAACCAGAGGUUAUCUCCGGUUGGCUACCCUGUACUGGGGUAGGGGCAAGAGGAUGCGAUAGGUGAGAGAUAGAGAAAGCGUCAGAGAUUAGCAAGAACAGUGCCCCUAUGAACGUCGGUGCACCGGGCGCGCUAUAGGAAUCCUGUAAUCUGUCCCAGCUGCAAAUAUUGUCACUCACGAAGUGGCGGCCAACUCUAUUCUAUAGAUUUUACGCGUAAAAAGUUUCCUAGCACGACUCACGCGCGCGUCGCGCGGUGGCGUUGGCGUUCCUUUUUUUUUUUUUUUUUUUGGUCACGCUUUCCGUCCUCUCGCCUCCGCCAUAUCCCUGCCGCCCCUUUCCUGGCACGCCGUGGCAUGCUGUCGGCGGUUUGAAUCAAUACGCCGCGGCGCUAUAGUCGCCCCGUGCUAACGCGGGACCCGCUCAGUCGGAGCGCAGCCGCGGGCACGUGACGUGGGCGACUGGGUGAUGCCGCUCUCGGAGAGCUGCCAAAGCCGUCCGCUAAACGGGCCCACGCGGAGCACGUGGUUUUCGCGUCGUAUGGACGCGGGAUUGGCAGAAGGGCUGGCUCUCUAGCCUCUGCAUCUCGGGCGUCAUUUCAGAGUUCUUUGUUUCGUCUCGGCGUGCGUGCCGACACCUGCCGGUGCGUCGAAUGCGGACGACGCUGCAGUUGUAGUUACGCUGAACCUUCGGGCCGUUUUCUCGCGGCCCCGAACCAGCGGUGCCGGCUUUUACCAGUGAACGUGAGCGGCAAGUUUGAACGCCCGGCUGUCGCCUGUCCAGUGUGUGCAGUGUGCAGUGUCUUGGUGCGCGCGUACUCCUGGAGUGCCGUCGUGUUUGCGAUCGUGGCAAAAUGGAUCAGUGGCGAGCUUGAAGUGCCGAUUAUUACUUGCUCGUUUCCCGACGAGAUUACGCUUUCUGUGAAACCGAGAAAAACGCUUCUUAUCGGGAACUAUAGUAAACCAAGUUAGAGCGGAUCAUAGUACGCUUGAUUGCAUGUGAGGCUACGCGGCAGAAAAUUGUCUUCGUUCAUUCCAGAUUUCGUAAAAAGGUUUCUUACUUCAAUGGGGAGCGCGCUAACUGGAACCUCACAAAGGUAGUCCUUGUAACGCAAGUAGCUUCUCACUGAUCACUCACAGCCUUGCACUGCCGAAGUUUCUAAUUGAUUCUCGCAUAAUUCGUGAAGUAAGAAGAAGUUACACUAGCGCGGCAUAUCAGCUCAAUGUAAAGUUAAAGGAGAAGAUGGAAUGUGUAUAAUUUCGUCAAACAUUGCGUGCGGACUAGAGUCCGACUUCCGUGCUUGAGCUUAUUAUGUGCAGACAAUGCAUUUAUAAAGAAGAGACUAAUGUGCCGACACGCAAGGUAAGUUUUCGUGGAGUUUAAUGUGUAUUCGAUUACCAUUGUAUAGAAAAAACAAGCGGAGUAGGAUUUAAUGGAGUGCUAAGAUUCUCCAGACACACAAAAAAAGAAAGCCUACUUGCACUCGACGGCAUCCCGCUCUACCUUAAAACUCGGUUAUCAGCAUCUGUUUUAAUGGUUUAGAGCUCUCACACAAACACGUUUACUUCUAUAAAUAAUGCUCUCUCCGUUCACUUUCUCAUUACCCUAAAAUAUUUAUUCGAUCUCUUGGUAUCGAUAAAUUUCCUGAAUGCCAAAGUCUGUUUGUGGUCUCUCACUCCAAGUGCUCAAAUUUCCCGCUAUCGAAAAAGCUACAUAGUAUAUUUCGUGUAUCUGAAUGCGGUGGUCUAACGGUGAGGCAACGCGAAGUUUCUGUAAAUUUUGCAUAACUUGUUUUGGUUCCGUGUUAGCACCGACAAAUUUCUGUCAGCAUUAUUUUUUUUAAUUUAUAGAUCACGUUACAUCGUGCUUUCAAAAGACGGUUAAGGGGGAAACCGAAGGAGUGCAGCGAUAUGAAAAUAAAUGUUGCAACUUCAACGAGGCAUGUUUAAAUGCUGCAAACUGCUCUCAAAGGACAGCAGUUGUCGGCCCAACGCUGCAUUUAACAAAAAGGAUCAGAAGGACGAUUGACUGACCUCGCACAACACCGUUUCCUUUAAAAAAAUAUAUAAUUAUGCUUCAGUGAACAUUUUCAUUUCAGCGCGCAGAAAUUUAGGCUCGAUCACAUCCGUUCCCGGUAAUACUACAGGAAAAAAAAAGAACAAGGCCUGUCUCGUUGAAUUUACACAGUAGGCUAUCCCUAACACCCGUAUCUUGACAGACCGUUGUUUCCACACCACAUGGUCUCUUACCCAAACGGACCAACAAAACAAAUCAGUUUUCUCGCACGCCUUCACAGAAAAUUGCGUGCUUUCGACAGAGAACCAUAUGACAGUGUGCGCAGAUCAGCGAUAUUGACAAAGUCCCACCUGCACGAGUCAUUUGUGAGCACUCAAAAGAAGCCGCCACGUCUGAAUCGGCACCCAUGACCGUACUGUGACAGCUACAGUAGCAGCUAAAGACUGUGCCAGUGAACGACCGACCUUUCAUUCGACAGAAUUGAACAACACCACAAGUCACCCUGAAGUACAGCAGUCGGAGCAAGUGCUAUAGUGUUGCAUCUGCUUGUAAUUGAAACCGACUUCAUCGGGCUAUGCUGCCAACGAUGGAACUUGGACUGGGAGGAUUGCGGCUCCUUGGGACCCUUUUCGUGCUACUGCACGGCCCGUCGACUCUCCCCCACGCCACUUUCCUCGCCUGGGCCUCCUCUCCGCGCGGUUCCGGCGGCAGCAACAACAACGGAAUAAGCGGGGGCAACGUUCAGGGCCCGCAGCUCACGAGCGAGCUGCCGUCUCGGCUGCUCUACUCGAACUCGUCCGGCGGCAGCCUGCCGUGCUCGGCCACGGGGCAGCCGGCGCCGACGAUUCGCUGGCUCACCGAGGACGGAGACGAGGCGGCCGACGUGCCCCGGCUGAGGCACGUGCGCCAAGGCGACGGCUCCCUGGUGUUCCUGCCCUUCCGCGCCGACCAGUUCCGCCGGGACGUGCACGAGGCCCGCUACCGGUGCUCGGCCAGCAACGCCAUCGGCACGGUGGUCAGCCCGCAGGUCCACGUCACCGCUGUUCUUGACACCAACUACGACAUGCGGUUCUCGGACAAGCACGUGGUCGCCGGCAAUCCGGUUUUGCUUCAGUGCCCCAUCCCCAGCCAUUUGGGGGACCACGUGUUCGUGACGUCAUGGCAGCGAGUCGACGGGUACGUCAUCACAAGGAACACGCAUGGAGAUGACUACAUAGUGACGACCGACGGGCAGCUCUACAUCCGUGAGACGCGUGACGCGGAGGAACUGCUGCGCUACCGGUGCCACACAGAGAACACGCUCACCCGGAGGAAGAAAACGAGCUCAAACUUCGUGCGCCUGCUCCUCAGGGAGCCAGUGACGAUGCAGAUGCCAUCCAUUGUUCACCGAAGCAGCAGGGUGCAGAGUGACCUAGGCCAGCCCGUGGACUUGCUCUGCGUGGCCGAAGGUUUUCCUGUUCCAGGUUACAGCUGGUAUAAGCGCGACGGUCAGCGAAUGCUGCCCCUGGAGCCCAGUAUGGACGUGCGACAGGCGGCCGGCGUUCUGCAUUUUCGCGAGGUGGAAGCCGGCCAUGCCGGCACCUACGUCUGCCUCGCCUCUAAUAGCGUCGGCGAGGCGCAGGUCGACCUAGAGCUCGUCGUCACCCCCAAGCCGUGGGUGACAGUUAGCCCGGCGCACGUAAGGACCGAGGUGGGUCACGCCGCCGCAUUCCGCUGCAACGCGUCCGGCCUCGACUGGGGCGUGCUGGACGAAACGAGCCUCGAGUGGCGCCACAAUGGUCGACGCCUGAUGCCGUCCACGCAGCAAGGUGCAGGAAUGGGCCGCUCCCGCGUCCUGCACCUUCCUUCGAUCCGGCGCCAGGACCAAGGGAUGUACCAGUGCUUCGUCCGCCUGUCACCCAAGCGCACCGUGCAGGCGGCUGCAGAGCUCAUCGUCGGUGAUCAAGCGCCCAAGCUCAAGUCAACAUUUGAAGAAACGACAGUACGUCCGGGAAAGCCCGUGUCACUGCGUUGCGUUGCAUCUGGGGACCCUCCUCCUCGCAUCACGUGGUUGCUGGAUGGCGUGUGGCCCAUCGAUUCCCGACAUGGCCGUGUUCGUGUUCGAACGACGGGUGCGGACGCUAGUUCCGGCAUCAGCGGAGCUGAGGUGUCCAGCACGUUGUCCAUCUCGUCGACUGAGGUCCAAGAUGGCGGGUCGUACUCGUGCGAGGCGUCUAACUAUGCCGGCGUGGCUUCGCACUCGGCUCGCAUCAACGUGUACGGCUCGGUUUACGUGCGAGCGCUCGGAAAUCUGUCGGCGCUGGCAGCAGGUACCUUCUCGGUACAGUGUCCGUUCGGCGGUUACCCCUUUGGACACGUCUACUGGGAGAAAGAUGGAAGGAGGCUCCCGCUGAACCAACGCCAGACGGUGUUCCCAAACGGGACGCUGCAGAUCCAGGGUACGGAUCGAGAGCACGACCAGGGCGAGUACACGUGCACCGUGCAUGGACCAGACUCCCAGAUCGUCCACCGAACCAUCUCGCUCCACGUGCGGAGUGGACCGCAGAUCACGCCCUUCGCUUUCCAGGCGAACUUGCACGAAGGCGUGCGCGCGGGCCUCACCUGCCUGGUGCACGCCGGCGACCCUCCCAUUCGCGUCGAGUGGCUGCGGGACGGCAAGCCGCUGGUGCCCGGCGCUCACACCGACGUGUCCAUCAUGACCGACGAGGGCGGAUUCGUGUCGACGCUGACGCUUAAGCGCCUCUCGUCGCGACAGAACGGCAACUACACGUGCAGGGCCACCAACCAGUACGCGUCCGCCGAGCAUUCCGCCGAGCUGCUUGUCAAAGUGCCCCCGUCGUGGACCAUGGAGCCGAACGACACGACAGCCGUGUCCGGACGCUCGGUGUACAUCGACUGCCAGGCCAGCGGCGUGCCCCAGCCUCACAUUCGGUGGAAGAGCGCUGCAGAGCCGGAAAGUCCAGCGUCCCAGUUCCGCACCAUCAUCAGCAACUCGCACAUCCACAUACUCGUCAAUGGAACGCUCAGCAUCCGCAGCGUUGAACCCGGAGACGCGGGACUCUAUCUCUGUGAAGCUUCUAACGGCGUUGGAUCCGGAAUCAGCCGGGUUCUCCAGCUCACCGUCCGCAGCGCGCCUCGGUUUUCCAGCAAGUUCACAACUGUGUCUGUGCGGCGAGGCGAGAGCAGCGAGGUAAUUUGUCCAGCUCAGGGAGACUCGCCCAUACGCUUCCACUGGCUCAAGAACAAUCUACCGCUGAACGUACUGAAGGACCACCGGUACUCUAGAGUGGAGGACAGAAGUGGUGACGUCACGACAUCGAAAAUCACCGUUCAACACGCGGAGAGAUCAGACAACGGCGUCUUCACAUGCCAAGCAGCCAACGAGUUCGGUGAAGACUCGACUAGCAUUCAGCUCACUGUGCAAGACGUGCCGGACCCUCCGAGUGACGUAGAUGUUCGUGAAGUUGGAAGCCGCACGGCGCGAGUCACGUGGUCGGUUCCAUUCACGGGAAAUUCACCCAUUACGCAGUACGUGCUCCACUGGAAGACAACUGAUGGCCUCUGGCAGGACACUCUCACGGUCUCUGGGUUGGAGACAAAGGCAACGGUGCGUGGACUGCUGCCCACGACUACCUAUCAUCUGCGCGUGCGCGCUGACAACAUUCUUGGGAUCAGUGAUUACAGCACACCUGCCGAGUUCACCACAUCUAAGGAACCUCCUCGGUUUCCACCGAAAAACGUCCAAGCGACAGCGAUGAAUACGAGGACCAUCUCUGUGUCUUUUGACAAUCCCAGGCACACAAAAGCGGACGACCAGGUGGAGGGGUUCUACGUGGGCUACCGCGAGCUUUCCAGCCUAGACGCGUUCACCUUCAAGACGUUCGACGCCUCCCCGCCGCUGCUUUUGGCUCCCACCAGCCACGACCACGCCUCCGGUCAGAGCGAACUCGGGGCGGCCGGUGCGGCAGCGGAGCCACCGCCCCACCGGCUGAGCUACGAGCUCACGGGAUUACGCCGCUCCACGGAGUACGCAGUCACCGUGCAGGCGUUCAACGCCAAAGGUGCCGGACCCCAGUCGGAGGUGGUCAGAGUGCGGACCUUAGAUUUUGACCCACCGGGUGCCCCACACUUGCGGAUAGGCGGAACUACGGCUCGGUCCAUAUCCGUCAACUGGGAGAAUGAACAUCUUCAGGAGGCCCCAAUCACGGGUUUCUCGUUGUACUACAAAGUGGAAGGGAGCGCCGGCAGUGAGUGGCACGAAGUCUCUGUACCGCACGACCGGCGGGCAUUCACACUAACGGACCUGCAGUGCGGCACCGAGUAUCUCGUUUACAUCCGGGCCGCCAACCGCGCCGGCAAGGGACCCCAGGGGGAGACGAUCAGCGUGCGGACCAACGGAGGACGGCCAGUGGAGCCUGACCCAAGUCGUUUGUUCGAGAUCAACUCGACGUUCGUGGUGCUGCACUUAGACGCAUGGGAGAGCGGAGGCUGCCCGGUCUCCUAUUUCGUCGUCCAGUAUCGACCCGAAGCGCGCACCGCUUCUCCUCUGUCCACCUCAACCGAGUGGACGCUUCACUCGAACAAUGUGGUACCGCAGCAGCAGCUCGUGCAGCUCGCAGACCUGGCCCCGGGUUCCUGGUACACGCUUCUCAUGUCGGCCCACAACGACGCGGGCUCCACUGAGGUGGAGCUGAGCUUUGCCACGCUCACGCUGACGGGAGAGCUGCCUUCCCGCAGCUACGAGCUGCUGGACCCCCAGGUGACCUUCUACCGGCACCUCACUGUGACUGUGCCCAUCGUGAGCGCCAUUGUGGUCCUGGUCAUCGUAGUGGGCGUCGUCUGUGUCAUCCUGCGGAGACGCAAUUACGACCCUCGCCAGCGCAUCGGUGAUGGAAUGGUGGUUGCAGAGUGCUGUGACGCCAACAAGGGGGACUUGAUGCUGGCCGUGUCUCACGAGUCCCAAGCGAGGGAACCCGUCUACUACCCUGCGCCUUACACCACGCACAACAGGAGUGGCGCGGCUGCUGGCCCGGGAAGUGGUCAAUGCAACAACGUAGCUGGAUCCCGGGAAAGUGCCGGGGCGGACGACCCUAAAAGCCGCACAUACGACGUGCCCUAUCCCAUCAAGAGACUAGAAAUGUGGGAGCCAAGUCCAGCGGAGCUGGUGACAUGCAUGGAAGUCUACGAAAAAGCAGGCCAAGAAGCAAUCUACAGAAGCUCGCCGUUCCACAUAUCGAAGCCGAAGGCGCGCAGAACGAGAUGGAGGGACGAUGGUGACAGAAGUUCCGGGAGCGAGGACAACGACCCUGAGGACCUGCUGGACGAAGAGCGUGGUGGCACCAUCCCUCAGACGCUUAUUGUGCCUCUAGACAAGUUCUCGUCCUGGGACCUCGACGCCACCAGGGAGGACACGAUUCCUUCCUGGAAGAACUACCCAAGCGCCUACGAAGCGACGAGCGUUCGAUGCGCGGGAGAGUACACGUCGAUAACGUAGGCUCGACGCCAGCAGAGUGCCUUUCAGUGACGGUUCAUGUUCCUGCACAGACUGCUUUCAGCGAAAGGACCGCACCGAGUGGCUCGUCUAUCUGUGACAAAAAAAGAUAUACACCUAUACCACGUGCAAUGAGCAAAGAACUAUGAGUGCACCCGUUGACUUCACAUAUUUUGUCUUCACACAUUGCGUUGAAAGACUGGUGGGCAGACAGGACCUUUUCUUAUUUCUAUAUACCUGCCUGCCGUUGUUUUGCACGACGUACUCCGGACAUUGACGUACGUAUAAAGCAAAUUACUACAACUUAUGGUAAAUAAACGAGACGAAACAAGUGAA